GACUUCGUUUAAUUUGCUUGUCGUCGUAUAAACACUUUAUCUAAAAGCGUAACGUACGCUUAUACGUUUUUACAUGUUGAUGUGCCCAUUGCAUAAGAAAAAUAACGCCUUCUACCCGUUCUAUUGAGCGCUUCGGUGUAUUCCGGUCAAGGGUUGGAAGUUGCAUUGCAGGGGUGGGACUUCUGCAGUCAGGGGGAGAGAGCUCUUAUGGAAAUGCUUCUGGCAGCGGUCUCAAGAAAACCCUACAUAAAAGGCAUUUACAAACAGCAGAAUCCUUCCACGAGAAUGAUUUCGACACUGCAUGCCAGCAUACGAAACCCCCAGUGAUACAUUAAGACCAAAGAAGUCUCCCGUUUCUCCUGGAUUGCAAGGCACCUGUGCCUUUGGAUGGAGAGUGGCGCGUGAAGAAGGGAGAGCGGUGGAGUUUUACCCCCGUCCCCGUUGCACCAAAAGAAAACUCAUUCUAGGCUGGCAGCUGCAUGAUGUCCUCGGCACAGGAUAUAUCUGACUACCAUCUCAGUGUGGUCCGGAACCCUCCAGGGUGGGAGGUGGGCGUGUACCUGGGUGGGUUCAUGGUCCUGCUCGGCGUGGCCGGAUUCAACAUCUGGAGGCUGUGGAAGUCCGGCACCUUCCCUGCACCCUCACCCUUUCCCAACUUUAACUACCGCCACUUGCAGGAGAAAUAUGGCAACUCCUUCUCCGAAGUACGACAAAAGAGAGUGGUGGCCAACAAUCACAGACGGACCUCCACCACCAUCCCCUCCAGCCGCAAGCCCAGCCUGGCGCUCGGGGACACCCCGGAUGACCUGAGGGACCUGGGCCACCUGGAGAUGAUGAACCGGGAGCUCAUGCUGGACGCCACCGUGCCAGUGCAGCUCAACCGCUCCAUCUCCACAGACUCCCUCAGUUCUAUCUCCUCUGUGGCCAACAACUUUGGGCACGACUUCACUGUGGGUCAGCUGGAGGUGACCCUGGAGUUUGAGGCCCGCCCGGGGCCAGGGCCGGGCCUGCUCCACAUCGCCCUGCACCAGGGCAAGGACCUGCUGGAGCGCGAGGAGGGGGACUUCCCUGGUUGCUUCAUCCGCGUCACCUUGGUGCCAGAGGAGAUGAAUGUGGGCGUCACUAGGGUCCAGACCAACGCGUUCACAGUCGUGUUCGACGAACGCUUCUCCAUCCCACUGGAGCCGUCCGCCCUGGAGGAAAACAGCCUGAGGUUCUCCGCCUUCGGGAUCGAUGCAGAGGAGAGGAACAUCAGUGCUGGGGUGGCAGAGUUGAAGUUGUCUGACCUGGACCUGUCUAUCCGGCCCUUCAACGCCUGGCUCUACCUACAGGAUAUCAAUAAGGCGGUGGAUGCAGUGGGGGAGAUUCUGCUGUCUCUCAGCUACCUGCCCACAGCAGAGCGCCUCACGGUGGUGGUGGCUAAAGCCAAGAACCUUGUGUGGACCAACGGGAAAACCACCGCAGAUCCAUUUGUAAAAGUGUAUCUUCUGCAAGAUGGCAGGAAGAUCAGCAAGAAGAAGACAUCCAUGAAAAGGGACGAUACAAACCCUAUCUUCAAUGAAGCGAUGAUCUUCUCUGUGCCCGCUGUGGUGUUACAGGUGCUCUCCCUGAGGGUCACGGUGGCUGAGGUCACAGAGGAUGGCCGGGGGGAGAACGUGGGUCACGUGAUCAUCGGCCCAGAGGCUAGCGGCAUGGGCAUCACCCACUGGAACCAAAUGCUGGCGACCCUGAGAAAACCUGUGUCUAUGUGGCACCCUCUGAGGAGGACCUAGUACUCCCACUCCACCCCCCCACCCCUGCCCCAUGAGGCACCUAGUGCCCCCCCCCUUGCCCUGUACAG